UCAAAUUUAUUUUGUUUGUCAAUAUUUGUGAAUCAACGUUUAUUCAAUGAAACGAAGCUCAGUAUAACAAUAUUGAAAGAAAAUACCACAAACAACAAUAAUUGGACAUUCGAUAGAAACAAAAGUCAAAAAUCAUGUCGAUGAUACCAAUGUUUCCUUCACUCAGACCAACAGUUGGAAGUAGUAUUUGCAUAGAUGCCGAUACACCAUGUGACGAGGAAUCUGAAUUACGGGAAAUUGAAAAGGAGCAUGUUGCAUGGCUUAAAUCAAUUCAACAAACUGCAUUCGAUCUUGCACCGUUUGGAAAAGUGCCACCAUCAGGCCCUGAUGGUGCUGAUACGGACGAUGAAGCUGGAAACGAUGACAGUGAAGAUUCAGAAAGUCGUGACGAAGAAGAGGAAGAAGAUGAAAUGGAUGCCAUCGAUGCAAAUCAAACGCCAAAUAUUAAUAGUGCUGCCACACUAGAUACAAUAGAUACAUCGUCACCAGAUAUUUUCAAUUAAUUAGUUUUAAUUUCUAUUAAGCCAUUAAAGAAGGAAAUAAUCUUGAAUUGGUAUGCACCUGUGGCUUUAUCUAUAACUUGCUCGUUAGUACAAUAAAAAACGGGUGCCCGUUGAGGUCGAUUAACUGAUAUAAAAUUAAGUUUGAUACCAUACGCCAAUUGUGGCUUUAAAAUAUAUUUGUGUCAUUGAGAUAGAAAAAAAUUAAAUUUACCAAGGAAAUAAAAAAGAAUAAUUGUA